UUUCUCAGCCGCCGCCGUCGGACGGAGCGAGGAAAUACAGCCGACGCCGCUCCUGGCGUUUUGUUGAGCCCCGGGAGAGAGUUUAGGGGCGAACCAGGCGGAUUGCUUUCUCUUCACUGUUGCAGCGCGGGCUCGAUCUCUGGCAGGGACUGGAUUCUCGACAAGGGCAAAGAUGAGUAAGAUCCACAAGCUUUUCAAAGGCGGAGGGGGCUCCGGCUACUCCAAGGGCAAAGGCAAGGGGGGCCCCACUCCCCAGGAGGCCUUAGCCCGUCUGCGGGAGACAGAGGAGAUGCUUACCAAGAAACAGGAGUAUCUGGAAGCCAGGAUCGGGAAGGAGCUGGCGUUGGCCAAGAAACACGGCACCAGAGACAAACGGGUUGCACUGCAAGCACUGAAGAGAAAAAAGAGAUACGAGAAACAGUUGACCCAAAUUGAUGGGACGCUUUCCACCAUUGAAUUCCAGCGUGAAGCACUUGAAAAUUCCUACACAAACACAGAAGUAUUCAAAAACAUGGGUUAUGCUGCCCAAGCAAUGAAAAAAGUACACGAAAAUAUGGAUCUGGACAAAAUUGAUGACAUGAUGCAAGAUAUCACAGAACAGCAAGAUAUUGCGCAAGAGAUAACAGAAGCUCUUACAAGAAAAGUUGGUGAUGAUUUUGAUGAGGAUGAGCUGCUGGCAGAAUUGGAGGAACUGGAGCAAGAAGAGCUCAACAACAAAAUGGCAAAUGUCCGAUUACCAAGUGUACCGUCCACGUCGCUGCCCUCACAACCGGCAUCUUCAAGGAAGAGAGUGGAGGAUGACGACGACAUGAAGCAGCUGGCAGCCUGGGCAUCUUAACAGUAGCUCGAAGGCUUACAGCAAAUGCCAUGGCCAGAGUUCGUGUGUUAUAUGCAGUGCGGUUGUUUGAUACAGACGAAAACUGGUCACUGUUGAUGCUUUUUGUAUGUUCAUUUUUUAAAAACCGAGCUGGGAUUACUCCAAAACAAUAACAAAAAAUACUAUUUCUGUUUCAGAUGUAGCUUUUUCUGGCUUUUUUGUGUGUGUCUUGAAGAAACCAGAUGAGACUUACAUUACCGGGUAAUCACAGUAUUAUCCUUUGGCCGUAAGGAUGUCUGACUGUCUCUGUCAGUACGAAAUAACAUUCAGCAGCAGGCAAGGUCCAUUUCUUACAAGAUUCCCCAGCUUCUUUUCCCUUUGGUUCAUGGUAGCUGCGUUGCUCAGGGCAAACAUGUUGCAGAACUGGUUUGUUGCACAGGAUAGUAGAAGCAAUGAUGGAGAACUUAGCUUGGGUUAAAUGCUAGGUUUCUCUAUCUCAAGUAGCAAAGGAAUGAGUUGCUGUAGGAAAAUGGGAAUCUCCCUUCUAGAGGCCUUUUCAGAUUUGGGGUGGGAUUAAAAUUCAUAGUCCAUUGGGCCCCUAUUUAGCUCUUAUUUCAUCCAGGAAAUGUAGGCCCACAAAUAAUUUUGCACUGUUGGAUUUCUGUACUUGUGCACACAUUUUUCCUUCAUGCACAUACUUUUCUUACUCACUCAUAAGGAGUCAGGAAAAAAUCCCAUAGCACCUUAAAGACUAAUGCAAGUAUUGUUGCAAGCACUUCCUUGCAUUAAUGUAUGGAAAGAUGAUUUAAGCAGACUCUUACAUAGGUACAUUAGUCAUAAAGCACUAAUCAGUACAGCUUUUCUAAUUAGUCCCUGAGGUGUCACAAGACUUUGAAUACCAUCUAAGAUACUUAACAGAAAGGGUGGAACUUCCAAGGAUUUCUUCUUUGAAUUAGACUACUUCAGUUUUAAUAUACUUGCAAAAGUAACUGAAAGGAAAUCCAGACUAGAACAAAUGUGUCGCCCAGUGAUUUAUCAAACUGUUUUAAGGCUUGCAGAUGCCUUGUGCUAAAAUAAAGUGGGACAUGCAAGUCUCCGUUGCGGCCAGAGUAAAGAAGAGACUCAUUUGCUGCUCUUUCCACUCAGUUUUCAUUUUAAUGCUGCAUUUUUAUUAGAGAGAUUUCACAUUGCACUGUCAGUCGUUGAAAGGAACAAUCUUAAAGGUUUUUAAGAGAUAGCAGCUUUUUGAAAUGGCUCUCAUUUCUUCAACGUCUUUUUUGUUUAUUUGAAUGUCUUCUUUAAAUGUUUAAUUACAGAAUUGGAAUAACUUAGUUGAUUUUAUGUUCAUAUUUCACAUCCAAUUACCUUUUGACUAAGGGAACAAAACUAGGUAUAUGCAGAGGAAUUGGUGACUGGAAAUGAAAGGCAAAUAAAAUGUAAAUAAAGUCUUGCUGUUGAGUACAGUUAACUAAUCACAUAUAUUAUCACUUUAAAGAACCAAACCCAGAAUGAGAGGUUGAUCUGGGUUGGAUCUAUAAACUGGCCAGCAGUUGGUGGGGAGGGUACUAGCACUGUGUCCAGUGUGCUGGUUGACACUCACUCAUAUAAAAGGCUGAGUGGAAGAUGUAAACUUCCUUUGAAGACCAGUAACAGAUCUUAUAAAGGCCAGAAAUUCCACAUACCAUUUUUUUUUGUUUCAGUUCAGGCAUUAUGGGACCCUAUACUUCUUAAACCAUUACGGUUAGUGUGAUUGUCCAAAUGCAGGUCAUCUACAUCAGCCUAGGAUCUGAGUCCAUAGAUGAAUUUGGUUUAUUAACCCCAAUUAGUCUAGUUGUAUGAACAUAGAUGUCAUGGUGCUGUCCUUGCUGCAAUGCAGGCUUGGAUACCAGCUGAAUCUCUGCAAGGGAAGAAUGAGAACGAUGGAACCAGCAUUUACGAAGGC